CAAGCACACAAUGUUUACGUGGAUGAGUCAGUGAGUGAGUGGAGCGCCGAGUGACGGGAGGCGGGGACCACGCUGCCACCCUCCUCACUUCCCCCUGUCACCCCACCACAGCCCCCCUCCACCUGCCACCACUCAUUAUACAGGUGUUCAUCUGAGUCCCGGCUGUGUCCAGUGUCGCUGCGUGUGAGUAUGUUCCCCCUGGCCUGCCUCACACUGCCCUCUCCUUGUACUAACCUGCGUGCUUCAGUUGGCCAGACUUGACAAUCUGCUCUCUUCGUCUCAGGAUUCUCUGCUUCAAAACUCAUGUAACACUCCUCCCGCCGCCAUGGACGGAGGCCGACGCAAGCUGCACAACACCACCCCCAGCAAAGGAGGUGGCGGCGAUGAGUGUGCACUGAGUGUUGGGGACAAAGUGGUGUGGCUCAGUGACGACUACCCUGAGUUUGGUGUGGUGCGGUGGACGGGAAAGUUGCCGGGCAGUGCCGACUCCACCAGCUGGAAAGUGGGUGUGGAAUUUGACAACCCUGUGGGAAAUGAUAACCACAAGGUGAAUGGGCGGCUGCUGUUUGAGGCAGAGCCCGGCCACGCCUCGGUGCUGCCGGUCAACAACCUGGUGAAGGCGGAGGACCUGCUGGGCAAGGAGUCCCUCACACUGGAGCACGGUGGCCGCCCCGCCCCACCCAAGCGCCCCGCCCACGUCAUCACCAAGAGUGACAACCAGCUGGGCACAGACAUGAACAGCAUGACUCCCUUCCACAUGCUGGCCUUUGAGCAGCUGACCACCCCCACCAGCCAGCGUGGCCCUGGCCCUCCUCCGCCCUACUCAGAGAAGGACUGGGAGCUGCUGCCUCACAUGACCUACGGACAGAAGAACUCCAUGACCAACAAGGACUCAGGACAUGAGCACAAGCCGCGCCAGAGGGACAAGGGCAAGAUCCUGAACCGCAACAUGGAGAAGAAGAACAACAAGUGGAAGUCGUCAGGCUGCAGCAGUGGCCGGCCCCUGCAGGUGAACAGCGAGCCAGAGCAGACGCAUCCAGUGGGCAGUUUUGGUGACUCUGACUUCCCUGUCCAUCCACUGUGCCAUCUGUCCUUGCAUGGAAUAGACCAGCUGGAGGUGGUGUCUGAUGGGGAUGGUGUUUACGACACUCCCGAGGGCAGCCUGGAUGGGGAGGAGGACCUGGACAUUGGUUCUAUGGUGGAGGUGGUCAUCAAGGAGGUGCCCAGGUUUGGUGUGAUACGGUGGAUUGGCAGCAUCCCCGGAGACAAGAAGGAUGGGCGGAAGGCAGCAGGUGUGGAGAUGGAGGACUCAGAGGACGGGCUGUCGGACGGAACCUUCAGUGGCAAGAGGUACUUUAGCUGUGCUCCGGGCAAGGCUCUGUUUGUGCUGCUGCGUAUGUGCCACAAGGACAGCCGCUUCCUGGAGUCUGUCUCGUCCAACCCCCGGGCCAGCUUAGCGUUUGGAAGCAUGGACUGCCAGCCGGUGGGCGGGAGUGUGGCUCCCCUGUCUGCCCCGGACGACGUGAGGGCAAUGUUUGGCAAGAACCGAGGCAUUCAGGGCCACCAGAACUCUUGCUACCUGGACGCCACACUGUUCAGCAUGUUUGCCUUCACCAGUGUGUUUGACAACCUGCUGUUCCGGCCACAAACGGCGCACGACAUCAAGGAGUACAACGAGGUGCAGCGCGUCUUGAGGGAGGAGAUCGUCAACCCGCUGCGGGCCAACCUGUUUGUGCGUGCCGACCGCAUCAUGAAGCUGCGCACCAUGCUAGACCACCUCUCAUCCGUGCGCGGCCUCACCACUGAGGAGAAAGACCCGGAAGAGUUCUUGCACUCGUUACUGGCACAGAUCCUGCAAGCUGAGCCUCUGCUGCAGCUGUCGUCCGGCCAGGAGGCUUACCACUACCAGCUGUUUGUGGACAAGGAUGAGAAGCUGAACCUGCCCUCGGUCCAGACUCUCUUUGACCAGUCCUUCCUCACCUCAGACAUUAAGUUGAAACAAGUUCCGUCCUGCCUGAUCAUCCAGAUGCCUCGCUUUGGGAAGGACUACAAGAUGUACCCUCGCAUUCUGCCCUCCAUGGUACUGGACGUCACUGAUGUCAUAGAGGACUCUCCCCGGCAGUGCAUCAUCUGUGGUAAGCUGGCUGAGUACGAGUGCCGGGAAUGCUUCGGGCAGUGUGGCUCGGGGCUGGAGAGCAUCGCCUUCUGUGCCAAGUGUAUGGAUAAGGUCCACAGUCACAAAAAGAGAGGCGCUCAUGCAUCAACGCGCAGGUUGAAGGUUCCCCCAGACUUCCAGAUGCUGGCGGACCACUGUGGCACAAUACCCAGGGUGUACAUGGAGCUGUUUGCUGUGGUGUGCAUCGAGACCUCUCACUAUGUGGCCUUCACCCGCUGCGGCUCCGGCGCCGACGCCACCUGGUGCUUCUUUGACUCCAUGGCGGACAGGAAAGGUGAGCAGCACGGGUACAACAUCCCUACGGUGGUGGAGUGUGGGGACCUGAUGCAGUGGGUGGGGGACGAGGGCAGCCAGAUGCUGCACGCCGUCACAGACAACAAGGCGCUGCCAGAUCUGCCGCGCCGCCUGCUAUGCGAUGCCUACAUGUGCUUCUACCAGAGUCCCAAGGUCAUGAUGUACAGAUAAAGAUGAGUAUGCUAUUUUUAUAAUGUAAA